UGCAGACAGCCAAUCAGAGCAGCUCUGAACAAAUGAAUGUUGGUCAUCAGAAACAUAAGAACAGGCUGAAGGGGACAUUUGAAUGUGUGACUGAAGGAGCUGAAACAGGAAGUAGAACCCUCCUCAACAGGAUCUACACUGUCCUCUACAUCACAGAUGAACUGAGUGAAGAGGUUAAUACCCAACAUGAGGUGAGGCAGCUCGAAACAGCUUCCAAGAAGAAGACCCUCCAUGACUCUCCAAUCAAGUGCUGCGACAUCUUUAAAGCCUUAUCUGACCAACAGAAACACAUCAGAGUCGUUCGGACGAGCGGUGUCGCUGGCAUUGGAAAAACCUUCUCAGUGCAGAAGUUCUGUCUGGACUGGGCCGAGGGUUUGGAAAACCAAGAUAUCAGUCUGGUGAUCCCUCUUUCCUUCAGGGAGCUGAACUUGAUCAAAGAUAAGCAGUACAGUCUUCUGGAGCUGCUCCGUGUUUUCCAUCCAACUUUACAGGAGGUCCCAGCAGAGCAGCUCGCUGGCUCUAAAGUUCUCUUCAUCUUUGAUGGCCUAGAUGAAAGCAGAAUUACACUGGAUUUCAACAACAAUGAGGCUGUUUCGGAUGUCACACAGAAGUCAUCAGUCAACAUGCUGUUGACAAACCUCAUCCAGGGGAAGCUGCUUCCCUCGGCUCUCGUCUGGAUAACUUCCCGACCUGCAGCAGUCAAUCAGAUCCCUCCUGCGUGUGUUGACAGGGUUACAGAAGUACGAGGCUUCACUGACACCCAGAAGGAGGAGUACUUCAGGAAGAGAGUCAGUGAUGAAGAGCUGUCCAGCAGAAUCAUCUCCCACAUCAAGACAUCCAGGAGCCUCCACAUCAUGUGUCUGAUCCCAGUCUUCUGCUGGAUCACUGCUACAGUUCUGGACCACAUGUUGACUACAGACCAGAGAGGAGAGCUGCCCAAGACCCUGACUGACAUGUACUCACACUUCCUGCUGGUUCAAACAAAGAGGAAGAAGCACAAGUAUGCUGAGGGACAUGAGAUGAGUCCACAGGAGCUGACGGAGGCUGACAGGGAAGUUCUUCUGAAGCUGGGGAGGCUGGCGUUUGAACAGCUGGAGAAAGGAAACAUCAUGUUCUACCAAGAAGACCUGGAGAGCUGUGGUCUGGCUGUCACAGAGGCCUCGCUGUACUCAGAGAUCUUCAAAAGAGAGAGUGUGAUCUUCCAGAAAACAGUCUACUGCUUUGUUCAUCUGAGCGUUCAGGAGUUUCUGGCUGCAGUCUACCUGUUCCACUGUUACACCAACAGGAACACAAAAGUACUGGAGGACUUCCUAAGGAAAAGAGUUAUGGAUGAUGAUGACGUUGAUGAUGAUGAUGAUGAUGAUGAUGAUGAUGAUGAUGAUGAUGAUGAUGAUAAUGAAGAUGAUGUUGAUUGGGACAAUGAUCAUUACCGAUCCCUGGAUGUCUUCCUGAAGAGAGCCAUGGAGAAAUCUCUUGAAAGUAAAAAUGGCCACCUGGACCUGUUUGUCCGCUUCCUUCAUGGCCUCUCUCUGGAGUCCAACCAGAGACUCUUAGGAGGCCUGCUGGGCCAGACAGACAACAGUCCACAAAUCAUCCAGAGAGCCAUCAACAACCUGAAGGAGAUUAACACUUAUGAGAUCUCUCCUGACAGAAGCAUCAACAUAUUCCACUGUCUGACGGAGAUGGACGACCACUCAGUCCAUCAAGAGAUCCAAGAGUUCCUGAAGUCAGAGAACAGAUCAGAGAAGUACCUCUCAGAGAUCCACUGCUCAGCUCUGGCCUACAUGCUGCAGAUGUCAGAGGAGGUUCUGGAUGAGUUGGACCUGGAGAAGUACAACACAUCACGGGAGGGACGACGGAGACUGAUUCCAGCUGUGAGGAACUGCAGAAAGGCUCGACUUCUUUACUGUUACCUCUCUGAGACUGACUGUGAAGUUGUGGCCUCAGCUCUGAAGUUCAACCCCUCCCAUCUGAGAGAGCUAGACCUGAGUUACAGAAAUCUGCCUGAUUCAGGAGUGCAGUGUCUCUGUUCAGGACUGCAGAGUCCAAACUGUAGACUGGAGACUCUGAGAUUGGAGGCUUUCAGGUUGUCGGAGAUCAGCUGUGCUUCUCUGGUCUCAGCUCUGAAGUCCAACCCCUCCCAUCUGAGAAAGCUGGACCUGACUAACAACAAACUGCAGGAUUCAGGAGUGAAGCUGCUUUGUGGUUUUCUGGAGAGUCCACACUGUAGACUGAGAACUCUGAGAUUGUGAAACUGCAAUUUCUCAGAUAUCAGCU